AUGGCUCCCAAGCUCCGAUUGCUGGCCCUCGGGCUGUGUCUGGCCCCCUUCUCAGUUGCCCUCGGCCUGAACUUGAGCACAUUCGCCGGACAGGCAACGCUCUUCCGCCUACAGCACGAGGCUGCUCAAGAGGACGGCCGGCUCAGGCUAGGGCCCGAGGACGUAGCAGGCAUCGACGAAGAAGAAGACGCGGAUAAGAAAUGUACCAAGGAUAAGGAAUGCAAGCUUGGUUGCUGCGGCCCUUUAGAUGAACAAGGCAACGGAGUCUGCGGCCUCGGCCCCAGGUUCUGUGGCGAAGGCUGCACGUCGACUUGCCACUACAAGAGCGAGUGCGAUCCCGGCUGGGGCCAAGAGUGGUCCAACGCAACAGAGUGCCCUCUGAAGGUAUGCUGUAGCGAGUUUGGUUUCUGCGGCACGACGGUCGACUACUGCAAAGGCGCCACGGUCACCUCGCCGCAGUGUGCCCGCGACCAGCACUCGUCGGAUAAGCGCACCAUCGGGUAUUACGAGGGCUGGAACUACCAACGGCCGUGUGGCAACAUGGAGCCUGAGGAGAUCCCGCUGGGGUAUUAUUCCCACAUCAACUUUGCCUUUGCGCUGAUCAACCCGGACACAUACCGGCUGGACCCCAUGGACGAAGGUACUGCGUCUAGGUACAGUCGCGUGUCGGCGCUAAAGCAAAAGCAGGACGACCUCGAGGUGUGGAUUGCUAUUGGGGGCUGGGCCAUGAAUGACCCUGGCAGGUACCGAACUGUCUUUUCGGAUAUGGCAAAGUCUGAGAAGGCGCAGGAUGCCUUCUUCGACUCGCUGAUCUCCUUUUUGAAGCAGCAUAACUUUGACGGCGUAGAUCUGGACUGGGAGUACCCUGUUGCACAAGACCGUGGUGGUAUUGAGGAGGACUUUGAAAACUACGUCAAUCUGCUCAAAAGGUUGAGGCAACGCCUGAACUCUUCUGGGAGGAAGUAUGGCUUGACAUUAACUCUACCUGCUUCUUAUUGGUAUCUCCGAGGAUUCGACAUUAUCAACAUGGAGCAGUAUCUCGACUGGUUCAACAUCAUGACCUAUGACAUCCAUGGCGUUUGGGAUGGGGCAAUCGAGUCCCUCGGUCCAUAUGCCUUUGCGCACACCAACCUCACCGAGAUUCAGUUGGGUCUCGAGCUUCUUUGGCGCAACAACAUCAACCCUGGGCGUGUGGUACUUGGUCUUGGAUUCUACGGCCGCAGCUUCACCAUGAAGAGCUCCAGCUGUCUGGACGCGGGCUGCGAGUUCAAAGAGGGCGCCAAGGGUGGAGAUUGCACUGGGACGCCUGGUGUGCUCUCGGCAGCCGAAAUCAACAAGAUCAUCAAGGACGGCGCCCAGGUAAAGCUCGAUAAAGAAGCCGGCGUCAAGAUUGUAACCUGGAACAAUGACCAGUGGGUGUCGUGGGAUGAUGCCGAAACGCUUAAGACGAAAAUUGACUAUGCGAACGAUCACUGUCUGGGAGGAACCAUGGUCUGGGCUAUUGAUCUUGAUGAUGGAACAUUGAUCAAGGCACUAGGGCAGGGCCUUUCGAGGAAGGAGUCGGAUGUAUUUCCGGUGCCCAAGGUUGUUAAUUGCUUUGGAACGGUAUGGGAGGAGAAAGAUGAGCUUUGA